AUGUGGACCAUCCUGAUCGCUGGAUUUUGCACGGUUGCCGCGACCGUUGCCCAGGAUUACGAGGUCUCUGACAUUCAGUGCAGCGGCACAGGAUCAGCCGCCGAUCUCCUGACAGCGAAGAUCAAAAGGCCAGUCGGCUUCAGAGGGGCGCCGCUCUUUGCCGACGACAGAUCCGCCAAUCCUCUCACCGACAUUCACUGCCAGAUCAGGCCAGAUCCCAACGAUCCACAGGAAGAUAACUACUUCCUGAAGGUGACUGACUUCUCGAGAUGCGGCAUCCUGAAGAGAAACGGUUUCAUUCACCUGCGAAUAUGGUUCCCGGCCUUCCCCGGUGUCGUAAUGCUAGCGGAUCAAGAACUGAUCUUGAUGUGUCGGCCACCUGAGCCCACGUUACUCCGACACAAAGCCGCUGGUUUUGCUGGAACCUUUCCGCACGGUGCCAGGGUGUCCGGAGUGGUCGAGGAGACUCCAGGACGCUUAGAAUACGAAGUGGCCCUUUACCGCGAGGCUACCGGCAAUGUAUCAGACGCGUCAGGAUCGCAGACUGUCGAUCAAGCGGUUCCAAUCGGCACGAAGCUUCAGUUAAGAGCUCGAAUCAGUCCGGACAGUGCAUGGGGUUACAUUAAACUGCUCGAGGUGACCGUUAGCCCUGAUCCUGAUCAGCCUCACGCACCAGGAAGUGUCGUGUUGGUGAAGGACGGUUGCAGAAAUCGAGAUUUCGCGUCUAUUAUUCCACAUCAGCCGGCUCGCUAUCGGGAGAGAAAGAACGAGGUUUUCCUCGAUUUUGAAGCAUUUCUGCUCAGCUCGAUGAGAGAACGAUCCACACUUUGGAUUCACUCGCAGAUUAAGGCCUGCAUGGAACCGCAGGACUGCCAGCCGGAUUUCUGUCUCGAUCUUUUCGAACCAUCGGGACACGGAAAGAAGAGGAAAAGAUCUGCUAAAGAGGCGCCAAAUGAAUUUCUUCCUAAGUUAGAUCGCUUAAUAAAAGAAUACAACGAUUCGACGCCUUACACAAAGUUCAAAGAAAAUAUUGAGUACACGGUGAUGAUGCCUGAUGAUUUAUAUCAAAAAGUGACUGCUGGAAUUGAAAAUAGCUGCGGUAGCUUUCUAUACGUUGCAACCGGGCUAGGAGCACUUCUUGUUUUAUCAGCCUUUAUCAUGUGCUAUCUCGCGACUCGUCUACAUAAUUUAUCCUCGACCAUACCGCAAAAUAAGUCGAUCGACGAGCUGGUACGAGAUCGCGCAAGAAAAUAUUCCGAGCCAGCGCCAGGCUACACAGGUCGAUCUACAGUACAAUAG